AUGCUCUUGUUUCUUAUAUUCAUGGAAAUUUGGCUUCAUGAAUUGCUGAAACGAGAUGAGAAAUUUUUUAGUUCAACUGCCAUCUGGAAUUGUGUGAAUCCCUUCCUGAGAGAACAGGAGAGCCUGACUGUCACUUAUUUUCUGAAGACUCAAAGAUGCAAGUUUGGUAUAAGGUGCAAAUUCAACCACCCAAAAGAUAAAGUAGUCCCCCAGUGUGCUCCAGAUAAUGCUGAUGCCUCCGUCUUACCUGAGAGGCCCUCAGAGCUUCCAUGCGCGAACUUACAACUUUUUAUCGAUCAUCUUGUUGUCUAUGAGCGUGAAGAUCGUCUGUCAAAAAUAAACAUAUAUCAUCUUCCAGCUAUUGGAGAGCCAGUUGAAAGACUUGAAGGUGGCCGGGCUCUUGAUUUUGUGGACCUGUAUACUCAUUGGAUAUGUCGAAGUCAGAAUUUUCUUCCAGCAUUUUAA